AUGGCGUCUCUUGAAGAGACGCCGCCACUUUCACUCCGUAAUGGUUUCAGGUGUGUUCCUGAGGAUAAUGCCAAAGUGGAGGAUGUGUUAAUUUCAGUCGGGGAUCAGAUCGGUCACGAGAAUAUCGUGUCUGCAUCACGUAUGAAUCAGGCCGUAGUUGUUUUUUUGAAGGAACAGAAUUUGGUUAAUCGUUUAAUAGUAACUGGCCUUACUGUUAAAGAUGCUUUUGUGCAGCUUUCUCCGCUGUAUACAUCAACAACGAAAGUAACGAUAUCAAAUAUACCGCCAUUCAUAUCCAAUGACAUUUUACAACGUGAGUUAGCGCGUUUUGGAAAAGUUGUCAGUCCCUUUAAAACUGUUGCGCUUGGAUGUAAACAUCCGGCUUUGAAGCAUGUUGCGUCUUUUAGACGAUAUGUUUACAUGGCGCUGGAAUCUCCUGAGAAUACACUGAAUAUUAACUUUCGUGUGAAACAUGAGGGACGAUUAUAUAUGGUGUAUGCAUCUACUGGGAGUAUAAGAUGUUUCGAGUGUGGAGACGUUGGACACAAGCGUCUUACGUGUCCACAUAAGAAAACAGAUGCAGAAAAUGCGGCAGGAUCAGACGAUGAGGUCGCACUCGCAAACAAUAUCGCUGAUCGGGUUGAUACGGCGCAAGAUGAGGUUGUUCCCAUUGUUGAGGUGAGUAACGUUAAUGUUAUUUCAGAUGAUGUGUUACCUGCUGUUAACACUGAAAAUGAUGAUGCUGUAGUUAAUGUGGCCCCAAAGAGUAGUCUGGCCGAUUCACCUUAUGAUGAUCAUGCUGAAGUAGCAGCUAGUAGCAGUGGUACGACGAAACAGUUGGAAAGUGCAAAUGAUGGAAUUGAAGAAAACUUAUACUCUGGUGUUCUGAAUAAUGAGGAAAUGGAUGAUGAGGAUGAACAGUCUGAUGAUACAGCUUCACAAGUCUCUAUGUGUGAAAAUGAUGGGAAACUACAGCAGACCGCGUUCCCGACCGGACUCAUUUCAGGGUUACAACAGAUUCAGAAUUUCUGCGACGGUGUAGACAUUUCAUCUCCAGAUCAAACUAAGAUAAUGGCGAAUAACGAAAGUGAAUUAAAAGAAAUUAUCAGAAAAGGGCGCGCUGUUGCUGCAACCCUUGGAAAGAUAUGCGACCGCACACAGUUGGGUGCCGUCGUUAAAAAAGGCCAAACUUCAAAACUGGACAUGGACCUGGAUCACAAUGUCAAACAAGGGCAAACUAUAAUUCAGAACCUUAACAGUGAAAGUUCUGUAAAUGAUCUGAAUCGUGCUCUAACUGAAUCCGUAGAACUGUUUGGACGGCCAAACCAAAAUGGUCCAAAGGCAAAGAAAAAAAGGAUCCAGUCCAGCUUCAAAGUCAAAUGUCCACAAAAAGCAAAGCCUUCUACUACACAUGGAGUCAAAUCAAGGCCAUGUCCAAAGCCAUGUCCAAAGCCAGCAGAAUGUUAUCUAGACCAGGCUCCAGCCCAGGCUCCAGAUCAUGGUUCUCUUGUAGAUGAGUUGCAAGAGCUUCUGUCAGCUGCUAGUUCUAACCUCCACUUUGAGGGAACCCCACAUUCAACAUCACUGCAUUGGGGCGCAAGGACAGCAGCUUCUUCUGAGAGAUGGAGGGAGGCUAGACCAUCUUUAAUCAGCAACAGGCUUGCAACAGAGCAUAUUAAGGAACAGCUGUGUUUGGAGUGCAAGAAGAAUGUGGCAGUUGUCAAGUGCAAAGACUGUUUGCCUAAGCAGUAUACCUGCAUUGACUGUGACACUGCAAUACAUCGUACACAAGUGUUCCACAACAGAACCUCCAUGAUUUUCGGGUUCCACAAGGCUGUACCUCCCACCACAGUGGUGAAGCAGGACUCUGAUGGGCAAUACUUUCACCAUCAUGAAGAUCGCCUAUUACCAAUGGCACUACCUAAUUCCAUAUGCAGUUGUGGAGAAGAAAAGUACAGCGUUGGAAUAGGGAGGUCUAUUACUGUAAUCAACAUGAAGGGUCGCUACGAACUGUCAUUGCCCCAUCUUCGCUGUGAGCAAUGCAGAGAAACAUGGAUACCAGGUGUGCUAGAAAUGCAGAAGAGUGGCUACUGGCCUGCAACUGUAAACUUCUGCACCAUUUAUGAUGAGGAAGUAUUCAUGUCCUUCGAAGACUUGAAAAUGGCUGCUCCAGGAUUGUCCCGUUUAGCAUUUAUAAGAAUGCUUGACAUGAAGACUGUGCACUAUGGCAGAAUCGGCACUUUAUGUGGUGAUGCGUUUUUGAAGAGUUAUUUUGAGUGGUCCAUCUGCCGUUAUGAGGUUGACAAGAUCUGUGGUGAACAACAUUUCAUGUGCCCUGCUUGUACCCCGCUAAUGCUGGCAGUUGCUGUGGAUGGCAACAGAAAACUUCAUCGUUUCAAAAAGGCUGGGAAUUCAGAGGACUCUGGCUACUUCGAAGGGUUGUUUCUUUGCAAGGAUGAGGAUGUAUCCUCUUUUGUUCAAUAUAUCCGCAAUAAAGUGCAACAUGUGGGAGGCAAAGGUGUUUGUGGAGCUGCGGAGUUUGCAGCUGCGAAAGAGUUUUCCAGAAAGACCAGCAGUAAAUUGGAUGAGGAGGGAGUUGAAGUUGCUGUCUGUAGGCAUGGUGUUCUUUUGAAGGCACUCAAUAUGUUUAGAGGAGAGAUCUAUGCAUAUCCUUUGUACUUGCAGAAAGAGCUCUGCACAGAAAAUGCAACUUUCUUUUGUGCUGACAUUAUGUGCAAAUACUGGCCAUACUUGAUAAAAGUUUGCCAGGCCUGCCCAGAACUGAGACAUCUUCUAAAUAUGAAACCAUUCCUUUCGGUUAUGCAUGCAAAAGUACAUGGCAUAAAAUGUGAGAUCAAAUGGAGUGGUAGCUUUCAAACGGGUGCUGCAUAUACCAUGGGGGAAGAAGUAGAACAAACAAAUAGCUUUUUAUCAAGAAUUGGUAUAAGCACGAAGUUCAUGUCUAAAGCAGGUCGCACAGAUUUGCUCACAUUGCAGUGUAUGGGGUGGAACAAAAUGAAGACUCAAAAUAUGUGCCAAACUAUUUGCACACGAUACCAAAAGACUCAGCUGAAUCUAAAGAAAGAGACUGAAAGCCUACAAGACAUGAAGAAUGAACUGGCUGUAGAUGAUGGUGUACUCCAUCAGUGGGUCACAGAUGUUCAGGAGUGGGCUCACACUACAACUGUAGGAGACAGUGAUGCUGCAAUUCAGACAACAAGGAACACAAUAGAAGAAUUAUCUUUGUGCAUUAAACAACGGCAGCAUCGUCUUUAUAGACACACUGCCACAAACAAGGGACGGAAUAAAAUAAGGAGAAAAAUCAAUGAUGAGAAAAAGAAGCUGGCUUUUGCCAUUGAACAGCACAAUGCCCUUGUUGACCCCGCCCUUAAGGUAGCGUCCGCUGAAGAGGUCCUUCAAAAUGACUUUGUUUUCCCCUGGCAACUAACAGAGCAAGAUGAUGUCAAUCUCUUGACAAAGAAAAAAGUCUUUGACAAGUUAAUGCUGAUUCAACGCCUAGAAGAAGAACAGACUGUUCUUGUUCAAGAGGCAAAGCAGCAUUGGCUGUAUCUAAGAAGUCAGGAACACAAACUGAACAGUUUGCUUGAUACCAUCAUUUCAGGUGUUAACCCCUGGAAUCUUCCAGAUGAUGGGAUUCAAGGACUUCAAUGUGUGUUGAAGAGAAAAUUACAUCAGUUAAGAGCUCACCAGGACACUGUAAAAACAAGUUAUCAGGCAAUAGACACCAUAAACCAACAUAUUACUGUUGAAGAAUGUGAAUAUCCCAGCUGGCCAGAAGACUCAGAAGCCCUUUAUUCAAGCAGUACUGAUCUGAGCUCUGAUGAAGAUGAUGCGUGUCUGCUGUAGUUAUUUGCUAAAUACAUUGCUAUCUAUAUCUAAUCUAUAACUCCUCUUUCUCCAUCUGUCUUCUCUUUUUUUCCCUCUGUUUGCAUUUGUGUUUGCCUUAUAAAAUGGAGAUGAAAGAUUAACUUUUUAAGGGAUGGAUUACAAUGUUAAUUGGGGUAUUUCUGAUGGGAUUUAAUUUUACAGACAUAUAUCCUGUGCAUUUUUACAGACAUGUGCUACAGUGGAUUGCUGGGAUUGGGGGCUGUAAGUGUAGUU